UUAUAAUGCGUGUGCGUGAAGACUGACGUCAUACUCUGUUGUUGUUUUGGUUUUUCAGUGGGGAAAAUCUUCUGGAGUCGUUCUAGGAUUCCUUGCUUUAGGAUACAUCGAACUGUAGUGUUGUGAAAUCUACAUUCCACGGCAGUAAUGGGCGGGGCAGUGAGCACCGGGGAAGACAAUGAUGAGUUAGUGGAUAACUUGGUGAGUGCGGAAUACAUAAAAACUACCAUGGUGGAGAAGGUAUUCCGGGCAGUGGACCGAGCAAACUACUACCUGCCAGACCAGAGAGGCAAUGCCUACAAGGAUCUGGCAUGGAAACAUGGACACCUCCAUCUGUCUGCUCCCUGUAUCUACUCUGAGGUAAUGGAAUCUCUACUCUUGGAACCUGGCAAAUCCUUCCUCAAUCUGGGCAGCGGUACAGGCUAUCUUAAUACCAUGGUGGGACUAAUACUCGGUCCCUAUGGAAUAAACCAUGGUGUGGAGUACCAUUCGGAUGUGGUCGAGUAUGCCCAGAAAAGACUGGAGGAGUUCAAACAGAAAUGCAAGACAUUUGACGAUUUUGAGUUCUGUGAGCCAUGGUUUGUACUGGGUAACUGCCUCCAGAUUCCCUCUAGUUGUCGCCUGUAUGACCGUGUAUAUUGCGGUGCCUCAUGUCCACCAGAACAUGAGAAUUACAUGAAGAACCUAUUGGCUGUCGGAGGGAUACUGGUGAUGCCACUCAAUGACCAGCUUUUGCAGAUUCGUCGUACCGGGGAGACAAGUUGGGAGUCAAAGGGAGUUAUGUCUGUAUCCUUUGCGACCCUGAUCAGUCCUUCGAAGGAAGACUUGAAUGAUUCUGUGGAACUACCUGAGGCCAGCAUUCCAAUCCUCCAGGGUAUUUGUCGGGAUGGCAUCAGGAGAAUAAUUCGUAACAAUAUAUAUAAGGAACAUCCAUCUUUGAAUACAGUCCGUAAGAGGCCUGCCAAAAAACAGAAGGUCAGACGUCAAAGACGAAAACGCAUCAACAUGGUUCCAAUGAGCAUGGGAAUGAUGAUUCUGGGCCAAUUUGAUGGGAGUGAUGAGAGUGACGAGGACAGCAUCAUUGACCACCAGGGUCGACCGUGCCGGGUCGAGGAGGAUAUCUCAGAUUCAGGGUCAGACAAAGAGCAGGAGGGGUCAGAUGAGGAUGGAAGACAUCGGGGGAGGAAUGGACACAGAAGGUCAGUUCGACAAGGAAUGGAGGAAGAUAUAGAGGAAGAUGAGGAGGAAGAAGAUGAGGAAUAUGAAACCACUGUUGGAAGAAGAGCUACUGCCAGACAAACCUUACACGAACUGGCAACAAGACUCAAUGAAGUCAGGACGCGGUUAAAUGUACAAAGACAGCUGGACCAAAUAGCAAGGCUACAACCCAAUGAGGAAGCAGAGGAGGAGGAGGAGGAGGAGGAGGAGGAAGAGGAAAAUCCAGAUACAAAAAGUGAAGGAAAAGAUGAGAAAGAGGAGGAAUGUGCAAAUAGCAAUGAUGAUGAUGAAGGACAUGUGGAAGAUGAAAGUGAGGAAAAAGGAGAAGAAGCAGUGCAAAAUAAAAGUGAUGUGCAAAGUUCCCUAGAGGACUUGGACAAAGAAGAUAUGGAACUAGAUUUUACAGAAAUGUUCCCUCCUCCUCUUCCUUGUUUUAGUGGUAGUCCUCCACACAAGCAACGAUACAGCUCUAGUACAAGUGUUGACACCUCCGAGACUUCUGGCAUUGGCUCUCUUUCCGAAGCAUCAGCUAUUGGCUCUCUGGGAGAGGAUACUGUUCUGAUGCAUGCCAUGAGUUCAUCCUCCUCCCAGGGCAGCAGGGCCGAUGGAAGCCCAAUGGAGUCUUUCAUGGACAGUAUUACAGAACCCACAGAGUGUAUAGACACAACUCCUAAGGAGUGUAUUAAAACUUACAUGAAGGAGAAGAUAGACUUACUGCCUCUUCCUGAGGCCCUGAAGGCCUUCCUCAUGUAUUACAGAGACUGAAGUUUGGCAAGAGUGCGCUCCCUUGCUCCUAGUCCAAGUCACGCUAAUAAGUAUGUCUGAUAAUACGUCAAGUUUGUCACGGACAUUGUUAUACCUUAUUUGAUUAAAACACAAUCUUCAAUUUCACUCUGAUACUCUAUUUUCCAGUCAUAUUCUUGACAGGAAGAUAGAAUAUCAUAGUGAAAUCACAGAUCUGGUUUUAAUCAGAUUGUUGUUGUACUAAAAAUGCAAAUAUUCAAACUUAUUUAUAGAAGAAAUCAAACCAACACAAUAAUAAGAGACAUUUUGAAUUGCUCACACAGUUCAAAUCUCUUAAGAAAUAAAGGAAUUCUAACAGUGUUAUAUAGUUAGGAAGCAUUUAUAUGUACAGAGAUCUGCAAGUAUUACCUGUAGUUUCAGUCACAGGUACUUGUCACAAUUUAUUUCCCUCUGGGUUAGUUGCUAAUAUACACUGUAAAUACUUAAAGCAGCCAAGCCAGCAUAGGAAAAUGAAUAGUGCAGGUUAUACUACUUUACUGCCUUGUUGUGACUAUAAAACCAGAAUUUGUAUUAAGUCAUGAUUUUGUGAUAUCAUAUAAACUUAACCUUAACUGUAAAUUUAUUGCUAACAAGUUUAACCUUUGACCCAACCCAAAGGGGUACAGUAGUCUCCAUUUUACAGUGUCUGGUGCAAAUUAUCACUUUGGUCAAUCAUAUCCCAGAAACCUGUCUCACUGGUAAAUGUAAAAUCUGCCCGUUUAUAUCCUUAUAUUUCAAUAUCUUCUCUUACCUGACCCCAGAAUAUGCUGACAUCCUGUUUAAUCUGACCACUGAGUAUACUGAAAUCCUGUCUAAUCUUACCACCAAGUGUUAAUUCUACCAUCCUGUAUAAUUAGACCCUGUCUAUUCUGACAUCCUGUCUUAACAGACCUUUGAGUAUUGAUAUCAUUUCAGGUAUGACCCCCUGAGUAUUCUGACAUCCUUUUUAACAUUACCCCUGAGUAUUCUGAAACCAGGUCUAAUGACACCGGAAAUACAAUAUACCUGUACUACUGAAAUCCUUUGAUAACCUAUACAAACACCUGUUUCCUGUCUUUCUUUGAUCUGUAUGCCACAGUAUGUGGGGUAAGACAGGGUUUUCUGUACUUAAUUAUACAGGUUUCUACCACAAUAAAUGGGUGAUAGUCCCAAGGCAUCAAUUAACCAUUAAAAUUGUUGUAUAAAAAUACAAAGUUUAUACUACACGUAGAGUAAACAUGUUUUGAUUGGCUGACACAGGAGGAUUUAACUGGGUCAACUGGGAUAUUGUGAAAAUACAUAAAUUGACACAAAGCAGGUCAGUUCAUCCUCAAAAUAGCAUUUUUUAUUGUGGUAGAAACAGGUCGCAUAAACUUUUGGUUGAUGUAUUGGUAUGAGAUUUCUUUCACUAGAGUUAUUUUUCAAAAGUUACAAAAAACAUAGCUUUCGUUGUGUAAUAACCUCUAUAUGUCAUAUGCUGUUGUUACUUUUGAGCAUUUUAAUUAGCAAUGUUUUGUUAACAGCUUUAAGGUCUAUUGGGUCUCUAUAGUGCUAUAUUGUUUGUCUUUGUGUUCCUCCUGUAUUGGUUCAUCAUAAAUACUACAUGACAUCCUAGCUACAAUAAGAAUAUAACUGUCCAAUGAAAAUCAUAACAAUUUGUUUAUAGCUGUAUCAGCUGAAAUCAUCCAUCUUGUUGACCUUGGCCAGUGUUACAAAAAACUGAAGAGGCAUUUGCACACUAUCUAGUUUUCGAUUAUUUUAUAAGAAAAAUAAGAGAACAGAGUGAAAUGAGCAAAUUGUUUUUGGAAAGUUUGAAAAUUUAAGCCCAUAAGCUCUAACUUAUAUCCUUCAUUAUUCAAUCAGGCUAGAUGAUACUUGAAAAAAAUGUGCAUCUCAUGCUUUUUUUUAAACAAUGUGAUAUCAUGUAGAAUUAAUAGUGAUCAUCAUUUUAAGUGUCUGUCUGUGUGAUAAUUUAAUCAGAGACCAUUAUGACAAAUCAUCCUCUUUGUAGAUCAUUGAUUGGUUUGAAUUAUCUCCCGUUGCUUUGUUUCAGCAAAGUCUACUCUAGUAAAAUAUCCUGCGGGAAGACUGCAGUCAAUAUAAAUAUAGUUUGUCUUAAUUUAUGUUACUGUUUGAAUAAAACCAUGUCUUUUUGUGGUUGAUCCAGUUUGACAAACCUAGAGUCCUCCUGCUUGGUAGAUAUUUUACAGGAAUAGCCCAAACUUUUACUGUAGAUAUUCAAUGAGAUUUAAUGCUCUAAUAUGGCCUUGUCAUUCAGAGAGUUUUAAAAAAUGAGAUGCAAGAAAUCUUUUUGUAUUUAAUGUUUUUCCAAUGACGGAGAAAUAACUAAACACAAUAAUUAAGGAUUCAUAAUUUAGAUUGUUGAUGAUCAAAGACUAGUGCUAUAAUAUGCAAAAUAUUCAAAUAUUUAAAAUGUAUAGCCUGUUCAUAAAGUUGUAUAACCGUUGAAUAUACAAUUGACAGGAUUUUUUUAACUGUGAUAUUUUCCCCAUUAGAUUUAUUGAAAAAUGCAUUUAAUGUAUACAAUGUAAUUAUAUUUAUCAUUCAGUAAUGAAAUAUAUAUACCACAAUUACUGUCAAUUAGGUUUCAGAUGUUUUGAUAUUUUUUAUGUAACUUAAUGACCUUUUUUCAAAUAUGUAUUUUCUUUGUAUUUGUUUUUCCAAGAUCUGUUAUGGAAUGGCUCAUAAUCCCAUACCAGAACUUACUGUAAUUAUCUGCUAAUAAGCCAAUUCAUAUAUUCAAAAAAACAACCCACCAACCUUCUUUUUCCCAAAUUGUAUGUGCGAGUCCCUGGGAUAGUUGCAGAUUACUGUGGUAUUUUGAGAGGAUUACAAGACAACCUUAAUUAGACUAUCCCCAUAGACAUAUAAUUUACUGCCAGGUGAUGAGUUUUUUUGUCAGCAUUUGAAGCAAAGAUUUCAGAAGUUUGUGUGUAAAAUUUGUGUGCAUGCGUCUGUUGGUGUGGUAAAAGCAUUUGAAGUAAAUUAAUAAUUAGAUUAAUAAUGAUUACCUGUACCAAAUUCCAUUUUUGCAUUUCUUUAUAUAUUGCAAUUUUGUGUAUAUAUAUACAAUGUACUUCAAAAUCAUUUUUCAAUGAAGGGAAAUUUCAUGCCUAUGCAAAUAUUAAGAAUGAGUUGGUUUUCAAAAUGUUAAAUAUAGAUCGUAUCUAUCCAUCUAACCUGUUUGGUUCAUUAAAAUUACAUGUUUAAACUUUUAUGCUGUUUCAGUUUCAUUUCACUCUCAGUGUGUAUUGCUUCUUUUCAUAUACAAAUGUAGUUAUUAUUGAAAAUUUCUGUGAUGCAUGAUUUUUCUUUAACUAUUUACUUCUUGUGGAAAACCUCUUGAGAGUUUCCAAAGUUGAGAAAUAUUCAUGAUGCUUUGGGCCAGGCUUAAUUGAUUCACAAUUCACAUGUCUUCAUAAUAUUUAAGCCUUUUGCAAAUUGUGAAUAUUGAAGAGUAUGCCCAAUACCAGUUUUUACCACUCGUCUUUUCUCUGUAAUUAAAUAAUAUAAAUGUUCUUAAUCAAGUGUACUCAAAACAAAUAAGUGCCACCAAAAUACUUGGAAGAAAGAGUAAUUAGCACGAACAUAAUGAAUUCAGCACAAAAACAGCUUAAACAUGUAGAUUACCACCAAAGUUUACAAAGUUUCACCGCAUACAUGUACCAGGUACAUAUUCAGAAUUUCCUAAUGUUAAGUUGUGUUCAUUAUUUGCUGUGUAUAGUUUGUUACAUGUGUUAAUCAAGUCUGUCUGAGGAUGGCAAGAGGUGAUAAACAACAUUGCAUGUCUAAAUGUCAGAUUUAUCAAUUUGUUUCACUGGGUUAUCAUCAGGUGCCAUCCUUGCACUGCGAUCAGUAGUUUGCCUUACAGUGCUUUGUAUACUUUUGAAAUGUCACAUGUAUUUAUACUUUUGAAAAUGUUGGGGCCCCAGUUUUGCAAAUAUUCAUAAAUGAAUGUAUGAUUUACAUCCGAAAAAAUGUAAUAAAGACGAAUGACAUUUUUAGUGUCUACUUUUCCUGUCAGGAAAAGAAAAUCUAAAUUCCAAGUCGAGGAACAUAGUUGCAAAACUGGGCCCAGUUGUUGUAGAUAUAUAUCUCAUGUUUUACUUAUAUGUUAUAAAAUAUACAUGUAGUUUCAUUUGUGCUAAGACAUAUGAACAAGCAGAGGAAUUGAAAACAUUUCAUUUUGGUGUAUUCUACUUCCUUUUCGUUAAUAUUUGGACAGUGCUUCCGAAAGGAACAGAUUGUUACAUUGGAACUUUUACACAAGGUCUACAGUGAGAUUACUGUGGCUAAAGUAAUUGUUACAACGGUUUGGUGAUUGUUAAUAAAUAUGUUGUACAGUGUGAACAUUAAACUUUUUGCAGCCAA